AUGGGCGAAGUCAAACCAGUACGGAUCGGCGUCCUAGCCUUGCAAGGAGCAUUCGCAGAACACAUAAACCUCUUCAACAAGCUCUCUACACCCGCCCAACCAAUACAAUGCAUCGACAUCCGAACAUCAACCCAACUAGCAGAUACAACUCUAGACGCUCUCGUCUUGCCAGGUGGAGAAUCAACAACCAUGGCUAUUGUAGCUGAGAAAUCGGGCCUGCUGGAUGGAUUGAAGAGCUGGUCUCAUCAGGAUGUUAAACCUGUUUGGGGAACAUGCGCAGGAAUGAUCCUUCUCUCAAACACUGCCCUCGCAACAAAGGAGUCUGGACAACCACUUAUAGGUGGUCUAGACAUUACAAUCAAACGAAACGCAUUUGGAUCACAGGUUGAUUCAUUUACUGCUGACCUCGACAUUGGUGCUCUGUCGCCGGAAUUCACUACGCCAUUCCCGGGAGUGUUUAUACGUGCUCCGGUCGUCGAGUCGAUUGUUCCUGCUAAGGGGGUGGAUGUGCUUGCGAAACUGGAUGAUGGGAGGAUUGUUGCUGUUAGGCAGGGGAAUAUUGUUGCUACGGCGUUUCAUCCGGAGCUGACGAGGGAUGAUCGUCUACAUCGUUAUUUUAUUGAGUUGGUGAAAGAGUCGUUGGAUGGAAAGAAGUGA